AGCUGUACACUAGAACAAAGGAAAACAAUCAAGGCAAAGGAAUGAGCAAGAAUCAGAAAGAAGUGAAGAAAAUCCAGACGGUUUAUCUGCAGAACUUGGAAAAACUAAAUCAGGGGAUAAAACCAGACAAGAAAAGUUGGAAACCAAAGGAAGGAGACUUUGCUGCAGCGAUGGAAAAGCUGCGACAGCCUCCCAUCGCUGGAAAAGUAACCAAGAGCUCAGCACACAGAAUCAGCAGAGAUCUCACCUGCUCCAUUUGCUUGGACCUGUUCAAGCAGCCCGUGUCUUUGCCCUGUGAUCACACCUUCUGCCAGGGCUGCAUUGAGGGGUACUGGACCGGCCCCAGGGGCCCCAUUCAGGGAGGCUCAGGCUCCUGUCCUCAGUGCAGGAAGGUGUACCCCGGGCAAAGCUACAGGCCCAACCGCAUCGUUGCCAACAUAGUGGAGAGCUACUGCCAGGGUCUGCAGGAGAGCGGGACCGGACCUUGCCUGGCAGAUGUUGGAGUGGCAGAGAGGGUUCCUGCUCCGGUCCCACGCUGCAACAGACACAGAGAGGAGCUGAAACUUUACUGUGACGAGGACCAGGAGCUGGUGUGUCUGGUGUGCGGUCUCUCCCAGGAGCACAGGAAUCAUACCAUGGUGUGUGUCCAGGAGGCUGAACAGAAGUACAGGGCGUCUCUGAACAGCUCCAUGGAUUCUCUUAAAGUUGAGCUCAACACGGCGCUGCAGUGUGACAGGGAAGCAGAGGACGAGGUUAAAAAGCUCAAGGAGCACACCGCUGACCUGAAGCAGCGCAUCGAGGCCCAGUUCAGCGACCUGCACCAGUUCCUGUACCAGGAGGAGAAGCUGCUGCAGGUGAAGCUGAAGACGGAGGAGCGCCGAGAGCUGAUCCGACUGGACGAGCACAAGGCCCUGCUGUGUGUGGAGAUCUCUCGUCUGCAGAGAGCCGUCCACGAGAUAGAGGACAAGCUGAAAGAGCAGGACGCCUUCACUCUGCUCCGGAGCAUCAAAGUCCUGCUACAGAGACCUUCACUGAAGUUUGAGAAACCGACGUUUACACCGCCAAGUCUGUGCGAGGGUCGGUUUGCGGGGCCCCUGCAGUACAGAGUGUGGAAAUCCAUGAAAGGAAGCAUUUAUCCAGUUCCUGCAGCCAUCACGUUUAACUCCAGCACUGCAAACCCUUGGCUCAGCCUGACCUCCUCCCUCACCUGUGUUCGCUACCAGACCUUUAACCACACCGUGCAGGACAAUCCCUACAGGUUCAACGCCGCCCUGUCACUGCUCGGAAGCCAGGGCUUCACCCACGGGCGCCACUACUGGGAGAUUGAAGUCUACAGCAGCACGGUCUGGACCGUGGGGGUGGCCCGAGAGUCCGUGCCCAGAAAGGGAGUCAUCAAAGCCCUCCCAGCCAAUGGCUUCUGGACUCUCUCCCUCUCUUAUGGGAUACAGUACAUGGCGGGCACUUCACCCCCCACGGUCCUGUCCCUGGAGGAGCCUCUGGCCAGGAUCGGAGUGUACCUGGAUUACAAGAGGGGCCUGGUGUCCUUUUACAACGCAGAGUGCAUGACACACCUCUACACCUUCAGGGAGAACUUCACCGAGACCCUGUACCCAUACUUCAACCUGGGCUUUCUGGAUAAAGUGCAUGAAAAUGAGCCUCUCAAAGUUUUCUUACCAAAGAUUUAAAAAACUGUGACCAAAACACAACUGAAUAUAGAGAAUGGGGAUAAAAAGUUACCAAAACCAUAAGAACAUUCCUUUGUAUUCUACAAAAUGAUAGUGGAUUUGUAAUUUUACUAUGUAAAUUACAUCUUAGAAUUAGCUAGAAACAGAUGUGUAAGGACCCUGUGGAGAUGUCAAACAAGAAAGUAUUGUUUACAUUCCACAUUACUCACAAUCCUUGAGUUCUAACAAACAUUUCAUUCCUCAUAAAGCAUUUGCAAAGCUGAUUUUCAUUUCAGCAUUGUUUGCAUCCAUGUUUGCAAUUUUUUCUGGUGCAUGGUUGCAUAUCUUUGUGUGUUACAGCCACCUGUUGAUCAGUGUAAAAGUGUGACAUCAUUGGUAGGACUGUGUAUGCAUCCCUUAAAUAAAACGGGGACCUGCUCUUUAAAAAACAGCCCCUAAAGGACAAAAGCUCCACAGGGAACCUUGAAGUAACAAGUUGUUUGUAGACUGGCUCUACUGCCACACAUUUCAUUUCAGAGAAGCUGAGCUUCAGUGAAGAAUGUGAAACUGUCUGGUUACCUUAAGGUUGUUGUGCUAUUAUAGUUGUUUUAUUGAUUCAAAGAUCUUGUGCAUGAUACACUAAAAUACCUUUAUACUGUGGUGUUAUUGACGUGUUGAACAAAUGAUUGAAGUUAUGUUUUAUUUGAUUAUAUGGCGUCAUAUCCUGUUAAUGAUGUAUUUGGUGCAUUUAGGGAGAAUGGGAUAUGUUAACUGUGGUUGAAACUGGUUGCGGAAAAAUAAGACUAUGUAAAAUCAACUUGGCUUCUUUUUUAUGUGAACAAAUGUUUUUAACUUUGAAUGUCGACUUUGUACUUGUUGUACCUUAUGCAUUUACUGUACCGACUGUCUACCCUGGUUGAUCCAAGGGCUGAUGCCUGUGAAGUGAUACCCAAUAUCACAACACAUUAUAUGGAUAACAUUUUAAUAAAAGCGUUU